AUGAAUACCUCAAAACAAAGCAAAUGAAAUUGAGUUUAUUAAGAAAGUGUUCAUUGGAAAAUUUUAAGAGAUUGAAAAUAAAUAAAAAGCUUGAAAUGACCUCAAUUGGAGCUGUUGGGCUGUUGAUUCUGUUUAUACAUCAUGCUUCUUCAAUUUACAUCCCACCAGGUCCUAAAUAUGCCUGUCCAAUCAAACAAAAUGUUUUAUAUCCAUGUAAAUGUGAUAAAGGAAGUGAUAUAGGAUUGUACAUAAGUUGCGAUGGAGGAAAUUUAGCGAGUUUAGCAGUUGCAUUACAAAAUGUUGCAGCUCUCAACGCUUCAAUGGUUGAGGAAUUGAUUAUAAAGAAUUCACAUUUUACAAUUUUAUAUGGAACAUUGUUACAUCAAUCAACAGCAAGAGUUUUGAAGAUUUACAACGUUCCAAUAAAAUCAAUAAAUGAAUUUACAUUUUUGGGAAUCGAUUCGACAUUGGAAGAGUUGAGAAUUGUAAAUUCAUCGCUUACAACAUUCCCAAAAAGUGCACUUAAAGUGUUGGGAAACUUAAAGAUUCUCGAGAUUGAUCAACAUUUCAUUGAUGGGGUUGCGACGAGUGAGUUUGACGACAGCCAAUUACCGACAAAACUUGAGAAGUUUUACCUCACUAAUGGCUUUGUGAAGGAGUUGGGUGCAAACGCUUUUCAACAUUUAAAGAAAGUUAAAGUUAUUGAUCUUCAUGGAAAUAAAAUUGAAGUGUUGAAGAAAAAUCAAUUUAGAGGGAUGCGCGAUGCUGAAGUUCUCGAUUUAAGUUUCAACGAAAUAUUAAAACUUGAUUCGUCUCACAUUGCUGAUUUAACGAAGUUGGUUUACUGUAAUGCAUCACAUAAUAAGUUAUCUGAACUGUCAAGAGGUGCAUUCGCAAGAAACACCGUGCUGAGGGAGUUGAAUCUGUCAUUCAAUAAUCUCAAACGUUUGGAUGCAAACAGUUGGCGUGGCAUGAGAAUGUUGAGACGACUUUUCUUAAGCGACAACCAAAUCACUGAUGUCGGUCGUGGAACAUUUGGGUCUGUUAGUCGUAUCGGUAAAAUUGACUUAGCGAGAAAUCAGUUGAAGAAAGUCGACUAUCAAAUGUUUGCCCAACUUCAAUAUGUUGAAUUGAUAGAUUUGUCUGAGAAUAACAUCACGGAAAUUCAAAAGCAAUCAUUUACUGAACUUUAUUUGACACAUAUCAACAUUUCUUACAAUUCACUUUCAAGUAUUGAACCGAAAUCAUUCAUAAAUUGCAACAACAUUACGCAUUUGGAUUUCUCACAUAAUCUUCUGGAGAACAUUCCACGAUUGGCUUUCGACGAGAACUCAUAUGCUUCACAUUUCGAUGUCUCCUUCAACAGAUUCACGAACAUGUCACAGAUUCCAUUGCAAAACAUGACUGGAUUGAGAGUUCUGAAUGUUUCAUUCAACCACAUCACAGACAUUCCUAAGAAUACUUUUCCGAAACUUUAUGAGUUGCAUACGAUUGAUGCAUCUAACAACAUGAUAAGUGAGAUUUCCAAUGCUGUCUUCACUCCUUUAUUCUCACUUCGAUCCUUAAAUUUGAGUCACAAUUCGAUAGAAAAAAUUAAACCUUCGACAUUUGGUGCACUUUCAACACUUCUUGAGUUAGAUAUGAGCAACAAUCAACUAAAGGAAGUGUCACGAGGAUCUUUAGCGAAACUUUCUAGUUUAAGAUGGCUCACUAUUGAGAACAACAACUUGGAGAAUAUUUUCCAACUGCCAAUAUCUUUAAACUUUCUAAACUUCCGCAACAAUUCUCUUCGAGAAAUUCCUGAGAAAACAUGGCCUGUCAUGAAUGCACUUCUUUCCCUUGACUUGGGUCAUAAUCAGAUCGGAAACAAUCUUCGAGGUCAUUCUUUUCUUGGCUUGCUGACAAUGCAGACAAUUUAUCUGAACAAUAAUGGAAUUUCUCAGAUUCCAUAUGAAGCAUUGGGUGAGAUGAAGACGCUCCAAUACAUUCAUUUACAGAGCAACAACAUCACUGAAUUGCCGAGAGCAGCUUUCGGUAAACUCCCGGUUGUCUUUGAAGUUAAUCUCCACAACAAUCAAAUCAAUAACAUCAGUAAAAAGGCAUUCGAUGGAUUACUUCAACUACUCACCCUAAAUUUAUCGAGAAAUUCUAUUGAAACGAUUCCAAAUGAUGCGUUCUUCGGUCUUGUUUCGUUGAGAAAAAUGGACUUGUCGGGCAAUUUCAUUGAAAAGUUGGAUAAUAAGACGAACAGCGUUUUUGACGAUUGUUUGAGUUUACAAGAAAUCAACUUAAGUCACAACAAAAUCAGUUACAUUUCGAGAAAAAUGUUUCCAUCUAAUCCUUGGAUUUCUUAUCGUCUUGAACGUCUUGAUCUUAGUCACAAUAUUAUUCCGGUCUUAACUUUUGACAUCACAUUUGGAACAAAAAAGAUUAAAUCUUUGAAACUUUCGAAUAAUGUGAUAUCAUCAAUCAGAAAAUUUGUUACUGGAAACUUAACGGCACUUGAGAUUCUUGACUUAUCUAACAACAAACUCUCAAAUUUAGAUGAUAUUGAAGCACCAUUUGAACUGCCUGAAAAUAUUACAAUCUUAAAUCUGGAGAAUAAUGAAAUAUUCAAAAUAAAUCAAGAUAAACUUGCAAAAAUGAAGAAUCUGAAGGAAAUCAAUUUGGAAAAUAAUCAAAUAACGCAUUUAAACAAAUCCUUGAUUGAUGCCAUUAAAACUGGAGUUUCAGUGAAGUUCAUUGGGAAUCCUUUAAAAUGUGAUUGUGAAAUUCAACCAUUGAAACAUUUCUUACUUGGUCAAGAAGCUUCACCUGAUCAAUACUCAAAUAUUAUGUGUAACGAACCAAAGUAUUUGUCUGGUCUUACUUUACAUGAAGCCGAUGAUCGACGAUUAACCUGCUCAAAUGAAGAGAAAAGUUUUAUUAAAAACUUAAACCAUGAAUACGAGAAGCUUCCUGACAUUCGCUUCCGUGACAUAUUCUACACGAAGGGAUCGCUAUUUAUUCAAUGGUUCGUCUCUUCCAUUUCAAAAGAUAUUGCUGACUUUUAUUUACAUUUUCGUGAUGGAAGAAAUAAAGUUUUAUUGGAAAAGACUCUUGCUUAUGACACCCGAAUUGGGAAUAUUACAAGCACAGAGAUGGAAAGAAUUGAGUUUGAAAAGAAUGUCGAUGUUUGCAUUUUAGCAAAGAAUAGUGACGGUGUUAUUUUGCAUUUCGAUGAGAGUCAAUGCGCGAGAAUGCCAUCGAAUUUUAAUGCAAUUAUGAAGAAGUACAAUAAGCGACCGAGCACUUUCUUCAAGAUCUACGAAGUUGAUAGGAAUAAUUUAGGUCAUAAUUUGAUUUCGAUUGGAAGUGGAACAAAUAAAAUCUUCGGAAAUUCUCCAUUUAUUGUUCUGCUUUCCAUCUCUUUGAUUUUAAGAGCAACAUGAAAUACUCGACAACAUAAGUCAACUAUGUAAAUAUCUACAACAUAUUUAUUAAGAAAAGAAAUAAAAAAUAUUUUCCAUCCUUACGUUAACAUAAAAA